AGUAAGAACCAAACUGAUAAUCAAACAAAAUGGGAAGUAGGGCUCUGCUUCUAGUAAAAGAGGUGUCUUGUUGUCUCUUACCGAAGAAUCAUUUAUCAUCCAACUUGAACUACAACCGGAGAUCUUCACAAGUGCUUCACCGGCGGCGAAGUUUCUCAACAACCACAACUGCUGGGUCUUCUUCCUCUCCUCUGGAACCUCUGGAUGUGCCACGUCUGGCUGAGACUGCUCGAAUCUCUCUGACCCCUCAAGAGGUUGAAGAAUUUGCUCCGAAAAUUGGACAAGUCAUGGAAUGGUUCGGACAGCUUCAGGAUGUUGAUCUUGAAAGUGUGGAGCCCUCUAUAAGAGCAGAUACUGAAGGUGAUAAUUUCCGUGCUGAUGUUCCUGAAACAUUUGAGAAUAGGAAGGCCAUAAUUGAUGCUAUUCCAAAUUAUGAGGAGCCAUACAUAAUAGUUCCCAAGGUCUUGAACAAGGAGUAGCAGGUUCCUGUUUGUGGACUCCGCAUUCACUCCUAAACUAUUUCAAGACAGAAUCAGUGCCGGUAUGAAUAGCUCUUUUUGUCUUCAUCAGAUAUUAGAGAUGAGUCUAUGAUUUUGAUCAUUGUAGAUUUGUAGUUGGAAUUUUUCGCCCUCUCGUACUCUUCAUUUUUAUGGUAAUAGCUGAUUUGUGCGAGCGAGUUGUGUAUCUCACUCUUCCUCAUCUUACGAAAUAGCAAUCGUUGUUGUCUACCAGAUUGGCUGUAGGAGCUGAAUACUUUCUCCACCAUGUAAGCAAUUUGUGUUGUCUGGGAAGACUUGAUGGUUGAGACAGCAAGAAAUUGGAUUCCAGAAGGUUUCACUUGAUAUAUUCAGAAUCUUGACAGCAUAUGUCGCCAUAAACAUGAAUUGACGCCAUGUUAAAAGGCCAAGUUCACGCCACUUAAACUGCCAAGUUCACUUAAUGAAGCAUACAAAAUCUUUUGGAAUGUUUAUCGUUGUUUGAGACAGGUCGGUUAGGAUGUGAAAAUGGAUUUUGAGGAAAAUCAGCCUGAAACAAAAACAUUGCUUCUGGCAUGCGCAACGUACUUCCAAGUUCAUAGAGAGCAAUGUGG